AUGGAUCACUUCCCCGCAGACUGGAAGGCUUCGCUCGAGUCCAUCGCCACUACUCUCCUCGAUGGCAACCCAAUUGCCAUCCUGCUGGCCCUCGUCGCUACGCUCAGUCUUCCUAUUCUCUUGCACCUAUCCUUCUAUCGCAAAGUAGCGAGUCAGUCUCUGUCUACCUUUGUGUUACUUGGACCGAGCGGAUCUGGAAAGACUGCUUUUCUGUCGUUGGUCGAGUCGGCUUCUCUCCUCAAAACCAAAACACCAUCAACUGCAACCCACACCUCUCAAACAUCCACAUCUACGACCGUGACUCUUUCCCCCUCCAUCCCCGUAUUCUCCAAUCGCUACCGCUCCGUGAACGACCCCAGUCUCCCCGACGCUAAACGAAAUGCUGUCAAAUACAUCCUGCGCGACACACCGGGCCACGGUAAAUUGCGAUCCGCGCAAUUGACUCAACUACAAGCAGAGCUCAGCUCAAAGAAUAAGAAAGAAUCAUCCGUGCGAGGAAUUAUCUUCUUCGUGGAUGCUGCAUCUCUAGCGGAGGGAGCGGAGAAUUUGCGCGAUUAUGCGGGUUACUUAUACGACGUCCUCCUCGUGCUACAGAAAGUGAUCUUGAGUAAAGGGAAAUCGUCCGUGAAAGCCGGGGCGAGGACUCCGAUAUUAGUGGCUGCCAAUAAGCAAGAUCUAUUCACGGCCCUGCCACCGGGAUCCGUUAAGCAGAAACUCGAGUCGGAGAUCGAUCGGAUUCGACAGACGCGUCAGAAGGGAUUGCUGGAUGCCAGUGCUGGUCCUGAGCAUGAUGAGGAUGAGGAUGAGGUUUUGGGUGGAAAUGGUGGUGUGUUUACGUUUCGGGGGUUGGAGGAUGAUAUUGGUGUCAAGGUUGAUGUUGUUGGUGGAUUUGCCACGGCCGAGAAUGAAAAGGAUACAAGUACGAAUGGAAUCCGGAAGUGGGAAGAAUGGAUUGGGUCGUGUCUGUGA